AUGGCUGCAUAUUUGAGCAAAGCUAAAGACCUGUUUCCAGAAUUCAAAAAAUACACCAUACAACAGGUACCAUGCGACCAAAAUUCAAAUGAUGAUGCUUUGGCUAAGUUGACAAGUGCCAAGGAUGGAGACACUUUGAAUGUGAUACCAGUUCAACACCUUGCCCAGCCUAGCAUCCACGAAAAAGAAAUGAUGUUGCUGCUAGACAACUCUCCAUCAUGGAUUACUCCUAUUGCCACUUACCUAGAGCAGGGUACUUUACCUUUAGACAGAAAUGAAGCACGAAAAAUAUUGGGGCGAGCUGUCAGAUAUGUAAUCAUUGAUGGAGUAAUGUACAGACGAUGGUAUGGAUUACCAAAAAAGAUUAUUUCAGAUAAUGGUACACAAUUUGGUAGAGAUCUAUUUAUAGACUUCUAUGCAAGACAUGUCAUCAUGAAUAGUUUCUCAACCAAACAGAAAAUAGAAGCUGUUAGUAAGACUAUGAAAGAUACCAUGAAAAAGAAAUUCGAGCAAGCAAAAGGGAAUUGGUUAGACAUCCUACCAAAGGUACUAUGGUCAUACUGCACUACUGCUCGUACAUCAACUGGUCAUACACCAUUUUCCUUAGCAUAUGGGGAUGAAGCAAUGAUACCAGUCGAGUUAACCCCCCCAUCACAUCAAAGAAGUAUGUAG